UAUACUCACAGUUGAUUGGCGCACAUGUGUCACGUGACCCUUAAGUUUUGUGGUGACGUUAGCAAGAGUUAGUUGUGACACCGGAGACAUCCAGGAACACACAGGAAUGGGUCAAGAAGCAGGCAAGUCUGCAUGGCCCAAACCAACCGGAGGAUACCAGACCAUCUCAGGCAGGAGGUACGGCCGGAGACACGCGUAUAUCAGUUUCCGCCCAGUGACAGAUAAACAAAGAGUCGCAUCCACUGUGGACUGUCUUAACAUGGAGAGGACGAGUAGUCAAAAGGACCCGGCAGUGGCAUCAAAGGGCAACAUUUCUUCAGUGCUUCAGAAUAUCCUGCCGACAGCAUGCACAAAUGCAGUGCGCCCAGACUUAAACGCAGCAUCAAAUCAGGAUGGCCACAGCAGGAGGCAGUCUUCAAUGUGUAGAGUCACAAAAGUGCCCUCAAACCAUUUCAAGAGACCAAAGAGUGACCAGGUUGUGCCAUAUGACAGAAAAUCUUAUUCUGGCAUAGAAAAGAGGGAGCAGGCUAGAGUGUGGCCCAUCAGUGAAGACACUAAGCCCAGCCCGGAAGCUCUGAGUUACAUCAACAUUGACGCCUAUGAGCCUGACAGCAGCGGGGCCGAGGAGGAGGACUCCAGCUUAAAUCCAUCUCAGGCUGCUCAGAAGAGACUUGAUGGUAUCUGUGAAUUGGGUGGAAAUUCGCUUGAUGUCUUUUCAAAAAGAAGUAAACAUUCAGUGGCACCUUCUAAAAGCGCGACAGACCUUUGCUGUGAGCAGCCAGAGUUUGAAAGAACUGUAAAAGCAAAUAGGAAAGUUAGUCCAUUGUUUGGUGGUGAAGACCAAGCUCCAAAAUGUCAUGGGGUUACAGCCAGCUCUGCACCCGCUUCCUAUAGAAGCACAGGAAAAACCAAUCCUGAGGAAACAUUUCAGUCCGAAAUGGUCGUGAGGCCAAAGAUCCGCAAACAGACGAGCGAGACUCACCUUGAAAGGAGGAAAUGUUCUGAAAAAGAGGAAGUGAGCCAUUUGUCAGGCGCAGCAGUCAGAAACAAGUGUGGCUCAGCACCUCCGGGUUUCCUCACACAAACAAGCCCUAAAAAUGAGUUGCUCUUUGACUUUCCACCCAUGGCCUUGAGUGACCUCCACUCUGAGGACAGAAGAAAUGAGGGUGACAAUAACGUAGAUGAUGAUGAGAAUUUCGGAGAGAAAUGUGACCCAUCCACGAAGGUCGAUGAAAGCAGCAGCUCAGAAUACAGCGAGGGCGAGUGGUCGGCCUCGUGGACGUCUGACUCUGGGCUGGAGAAAGAGAGGAGCACGAGUGAGGAAAGCUGGGAGAGUCUGCCUGGCAUGGACGAGCCGCCUGACAGCAGCAGCAGCAGUCUGGAGGAAGUGCCUUCUCUCAACCUCACUUUAGAGGAGCAGACCCCUCUGGAGGAGGGCGAGAUCCCCUGGGUCAUGUAUAAUGAGGACUCGGGCAGCAGCAGUGAUGAAGACCCUGAUGGUGUCAGUCAGUUCGUGCACCCUGGACUCUUUAUCCUGGAUGGAAACAAUAACCUGGAGGAUGAUUCCAGCAUGAGUGAAGACCUGGACACAGAAUGGAGGUUUCUGGAUGAAUUUGGUGAUGGUUUUGGGAUGGCUCAAGCAAUCUCUUAUGUGGAUCAUUCCCAGCUCCUUACUUACAUGGCGUUAGAGGAGCGUCUUGCUCAGGCUAUGGAGGCAGCACUGGCUCAUCUGGAGUCUUUGGCUAUAGAUGUAGAGCAGGCUCAUCCCCCUGCCACUGAACAAAUCAUCGACUGCCUACCCCAGAUCACCAUCAAUGCUGAAAACACAGAGCAGGAGCAGUGCUGUGCCAUCUGCUGUUGUGAAUACGUCAAAGAUGAGAUCGCAACCUUGCUGCCGUGCCGCCACAUGUUCCAUAAACUCUGUGUCACUCUCUGGCUCAGAAAGUCUGGCACAUGUCCAGUGUGUCGUCACGUUCUGACCCCGGCGGUGAGCGAACCUGUGUCUUCAAAUGCAGAACAAGAAACGCCGGCAUCCGGUCACAGCGCGUCUGGAGGAACGUGUUGAACGUCAGUCAUACACAGAUCAAAACAUCCCACAAAGAAACACUUCAGUCCCCGUGGCCUGAGCUAGCAUUCCGAUUCCAUUUAACCUAGUGACUCGUGCUGCAAUUCAUGGUCCAAGCGUGGCGAACUUAAACUUAUUUUCUAAGAAAAUACGAAUGCGUAUAUAUUCAUAGGAAGCAUAUUUAUUCAUGUUUCAAUUGCAAUGCUUUUGUAAAUCAAGGCUAAACGUCAUGUCAAGUAAAACUCUGAUGCAAUCUAUCAAUAAAAGCUCACGUUUGGUUCAAGUGA